AUGACUUCUCUCUCCCUCCCACCACCAGCUUUAUUCCAACUCACCCCCUUCUUCCUCCUCAUCCUCCUCUACGGCGUCUGUCCGCAACACUUCCCCCCCUCCGCAGCAACAACCUCCUUCUUCAUCCUCUACGCCAUCGCCAUCCAGCUCGCCAUCCACCGCGCAUCGACAGUCUCCGUCCUGCACAACCUCAGCAUCAUCUUCCUCAGCGCGGCGCAUUUGGCAGUCGCGGCAAUCUACACGCUCUACUACACCGCUCAGGCAGUCAUGCGCGCAAGAAACGCCCUCUUUGCGUACUUUGAAAGAGUGCACCGGCAGAUUCACCAGUUGGCGAAUGUAACGAGAUUGAGAUUCUUGCGUGUGCCGGCGCCGACUUGCUUGACUCUAUCGCUGGAUAUGUUUUGCGAUGAUGAAAGUACCUUCUCGGAGACCACUUCGGUCUAUUCUUCCAAAAAUAAUACAGUCUACACCUCUCAAUGGCGCUAUAGAGAACUAUCGAGCAGCAACUUUGUCCCUCCAUCUUUUGAAAUGCGCGGCUAUCUGCCCUAUCAGCCAUAUCCAAUCGUCUGGUUCUUCCGCCACUUGUUUUACUUCACACGAGCUGUUGUGUCAUGCGUUUGUUCCACGCUUCUGUCGAUAUUCUUCACUGUAAAGUUAUUCCACGAUACGACUGUUUCGUCUAUUUGCUUCACAAGGGCCUGCUUCACGUUUAUUAACAAGUACAUUGUCAAGCCGUACUUUCCCACACCAUGGUACCUCGCAAAGUUCAGCAUGCAACAAUUUCCAACUUUUACCCUCUUCGCCAUGCAUCUUACUAUCACGAUAAUUGUACUGUCCUUGGGAGAGACGAAUGCUCUGGGGCUGUGUAUACUAUUGGAAUUCUGGCUGCUGUCACGACUGGAGCGGUUAUGA